AUGUACGACGACUCAGACGGCUACCCCAGCGACUCAUACGACUCCGAUGUCGCGGCGAACGACUCCGAUUUCGAGGAGCCAGUGCCCGAGGACAAGGGCAAAUCGAAGUCGCCGGGUGUCGAGUACGAGAGCUUCUCUGCGGCGCGCCUCCAGCAGCGAGUAGAAGACGACAUCCGCACGGUGGCGAACAUCAUCGGGCUCGAGUCGCCCAUUGCGUCGAUCCUCCUGCAGCAUUUCCGAUGGAACCGCGACCGCCUCAUUGAGCGGUUCAUGGACGACUCCACCGCCGUCCUGGCCGAUGCUGGCGAGCCCGAGGACGCCCCAUCGUCGCCCAAUCCGCGGCCGUCCAAGCGGGCGCGCCUCGACACGCCGACAGAAUUCAUGUGCAUGAUCUGCUGCGACACCGACCCCGCGAACAUCUUCCGAUCACGGUGCGGGCACGAGUUCUGCGAGGCGUGCUGGGCGACGUACGUGACGGGCAAGGUCAAGGAGGAGGGCCAGUGCCUAUUCAACUGCAUGCAGGACGGGUGCAGGAUCGUGGUGGACGAGCCGUCGAUCGAGAAGCUCGUGGCGAAGCCUGUGUUCGAGCGGUACCGCGAACUGCUGCUCCAGUCCUACGUCGGCGCGCACCCCACGCUGCGCUUCUGCCCGCACCCGGGCUGCUCGGAGACGGUGCUCUGCGCGGGCGGGCGGGGCGCGAGCCUGCAGACGGAGGUGCCGACGGUGGAGUGCGGCGCGGGGCACGCGUUCUGCUUCGGGUGCGGGCUCGACUCGGACCACCGCCCGAUCGUGUGCAAGCUCGUGGAGUUCUGGCUGAAGAGCGCGCGCGAGGACGCGGGCACGUCGCAGUGGAUCAAGGCGAACACGCGGACGUGCCCGAACUGCAAGAACAGCAUCGAGAAGGCGGGCGGGUGCAACCGGAUAGUCUGCCGCCACUGCAACUUCCAGUUCUGUUGGUUGUGCAUGCAGAAGUGGGAGGUGCACGGGUACAACAACGAGGUGUGCAACACGUGGAAGGAGCCCGAGAAGGACGAGUCGAUGACGGCGGCCGGUCAGAACCUCGAGAAGUGGCUCUUCUACUUCGACAGGUUCAACAAUCACGAGCUCUCGUCGCGCCUCGACCAGGAGCUCGUCGAGCGCGCGGAGGAGAAGGUCGUCGAGGUGCAAAAGAGCAGCAACCUGUCGUGGAUCGAGGCGAGGUUCAUGCAGACUGCUGUCGACGAGCUGACGAGGUGUCGCCGGACGCUGAAGUGGUCCUAUGCGAUGGCGUACUUCCUCGUGUCGGGCAACCAGAAGCAGAUCUUCGAAGACAUCCAGGCUGAUCUGGAGAAGGCAGUGGAAGACCUGUCCCAGCUGCUGGAAGAACCGGUCGAGAAGGACACCAUCAAGGGCCUCCGACAACGUAUGAUGGAUAAGACAGUCUACGUCCGAGUGCGACACGAGAUGCUGCUGCGCGACACAGCGGAAGGCCUGGCCGAGGGCCGGUGGGAAUUCACCAUACCUAUGGAGUAG